AUGUCGAACAAUACUAAUACUUCCUCGUCGCCGCAGUUUCCCAAGGCAUCCCAUGCUGCUGAUGCCUGUCCCGACAUCCCAAACGGAGCCCAUUCUCCCGCCGUUAGUCGUCCGACCAUCGAGAUGACAGAAGAUCCGGACGACGUGAUCCCCCCCACCCAUGAUGAUCGCACUCUCGUGCUCUGCUUUGAUGGUACAGGCGACCAGUUCGAUGGUGACAACUCGAACAUCGUUCAGUUUUUCUCUAUGCUGAAAAAGGAUGACCCCUCUGAGCAAAUGGUGUAUUAUCAGGCCGGGAUAGGCACAUACACUAUCCCUCAAAUAGCCACGCCCUUUUACGCCAAGCUUUCCAAGACCAUCGAUGCGAUGGUGGGGAGCAACCUGGAUGUUCACGUCAUGGAUGAGGCAGGAGAUAGGAUAUGUCUGUUUGGGUUUUCGCGAGGCGCCUAUAUUGCCCGAGCGCUGACUGGCAUGCUUCACAAAGUGGGUCUCUUACCACCCUGCAACCACCAGCAGGUUCCGUUCGCGUACAAAAUGUACAGCAAGGAUGAUGGUGAAGGCUGGAAACAGAGUAAGGCAUUUAAGAGGGCGUUUUCUAUCGACGUUGAUGUCCAAUUCGUUGGAGUUUGGGAUACUGUUAACUCUGUGGGCAUCAUCCCUUACAGGCUGCCUUUUACAAAAGCAAACAACAAGAUUCGCUACUUCAGGCAUGCUCUCGCACUUGAUGAACACCGAGCGCGCUUCAUGCCGAACUUCUGCAAUCGGUCCACAGACGCCGACAAUAAGCUUGGUGUCCAGAAAGGGGAAAUGCCUCGAAGCACCAAGAAGUCUCGCCCUGUUCGAACUCCCUACGACAAACUUCUGCAUGAGGGGAAACGUCGCUACACCGAGUCAAUCUCGCAAACUGAUGCCGAUGAAGUAUGGUUCGCGGGAUGUCACUGCGACGUCGGUGGUGGUUCCGUCGAGAACGGUACCCGACACAGUCUAGCCCGUAUCCCUCUCCGGUGGAUGAUUCGGGAAAUUUUCAAAACGAAGCACGUUGGCAUGGACCCUUCAACAUUGUACCUCCACGUGACUCCCCGCCCACCGGCUAUCUUUAACCGCCCUCUCCUCCCGGCGAAGAUUGACUCUGGUACACCGAUCUCGAAUGAUGCGCUCAGCCCCAUGUACGAUCAACUCGAGAUUGCGCCAUAUUGGUGGAUACUCGAAAUGCUGCCGCAAAAGCAGCGCUACCAGAGAGAGGAUGACACGUGGAUCGGGGAUGUCAAGGUAAACAUGGGUGGGGGACGCGAUAUCCCCAAACGACGCACCCUGAAGAUACAUCGAACGGUCAAGAUCCGGAUGGAAGCAGACACACUUAAGGAAGGGAAGUACUGGCCGAAGGCAAAGAUCAAUGUUGAACCUACAUGGGUGGAUUAA